GGAAUGAACGAGCGGCGCGAAUGAGCAGAAUAGCUCUUUAGUUUCGCUAACACCACACCAUUAACAACAGUCCUUUGCCCCGCCACUAUGAGUCCAAAGCUCGGGCCCGAUAUGACGCAGCUUUCAAGUAUGCUUAUGCAUAUGCUAAUCUACCCUCCCUCACAUCGCACACCUACAUUGAGCGAUAAUCACAAUGUCCCUCUCAAACUUAGAUCUGAUAAACGAAUGUGACGCCUUCCCCUACUACCAAGUCGACCCCGACCACUACGCCGCAAGCAUAAACACCUACUACGAACUCCGCGUCGAAGACCACGACUAUGCAGUCGGCUACAUGCUUCCCUCCGUCGCUGAGGUCUUCCGCGGAAUACCGCACUGGUCAAUCGACGACAACGAGCGCAUAUUGACACUCGCUGGAGGCUCCAAUGUGGAAGAACGCUCCGCAGCUGUGGAGACGACAUUGCUUGCCAUGCGAACGACAGGGCACUUUAAGGUCCUUGAAAAAUGGCGAGAUGAGUUGUACCCGGUAUAUGGUAGGAACAAAGAACUGUUGUUCAAUGUGGAGCGGUCUGCGAGUCCGCUGCUGGGCGUUGUUACGUAUGGGGUACACUUGACGGCCUAUCUGCGAACGACUGAGGGAGAGAUAAAGAUAUGGAUACCUCGGCGCGUAUACAACAAGCAGACAUACGGAGGGAUGCUAGACAACGCUGUAGCAGGCGGCAUCGCGUCGGGCGAAGGGCCCUUCGAGAGUCUGGUUCGUGAGUGUUCCGAAGAGGCUUCACUGUCUGAAGUUAUCGUUCGGAGCAAGGCAAAAGCUUGCGGAACCGUCACGUACUUCUACAUCCGGGACGAGAAAGCGGGAGGAGAGACGCGAUUACUGCAGCCCGAAUGCCAGUAUAUCUACGAUCUCGAGCUUCCCGACGACGUAAUCCCGAAGCCCGGCGACGAUGAAGUCGAAGAGUUCUACCUCUGGUCCGUGGACGAGGUCAAAGAAGCUAUGGCGAAGGGAGAAUUCAAGCCCAACUGCGCGCUCGUUAUGUUGGAUUUCUUCGUUCGACACGGCAUUCUGACGUGCGAGAACGAGAAGGAUUAUAUUGAGAUUGCUUCGCGACUGCAUCGCAAACUCGAGUUUCCUACUCCGUAGAGGAUUAUCUGAUCUAAAGGGCGCCUUUCCUUGGGUAUCCGGGCACCUUUUGCCAAGCUGAAUCAAAUAGACUGACACCACACUAGAUUCUUUUCCUAAACGCCGCCCCAUGCUAGUUUUCGUGCGCUUCCGUGAUAUCCAAACCGACCGUUUAGAACCUCAUUUCUUGACCAGCAGGUAGAUGUGAUCGAUCUUCAUGCCCGUCAGCUUCCUAUACGGACCCUGCAUGACAAGCAGCAGCCCGCCAAACGAAAUGUACACCUUCCUGCACCCACAUUAGCUUUUCUAGCCCUCUCCCACCCUCACAGCAACACUUACACCGUAUCCGUAUCCCCUUCCUCAACCCGAUAGCACUUCCCAAAGCAC